AUGGCAUGGUUGCACAAGUUUGUGAAGAAAAUGCUAUCGUUGAAAGUCAGGGCGUACGUGAAGGACUACUGCAAGAGGAACGGGCUGCUGACGCUCUCGGUCUUCGCUGUAGUGACGGGCUGCAUGCUUGGAUUUGCCCUCAGGUCGCUCAACCUGUCCACACAGGCUAGGAUCUACUUCUCCUUCCCCGGAGAAUUACUCAUGAGGAUGUUAAAGAUGUUGAUUCUGCCGCUCAUCACCUCCAGUCUUAUGUCCGGCCUGUCAGCCAUGGACACGAAGGCAAGCGGUCGGCUGGGAGUCCUGACCAUCACUUACUACCUGUGGACGACCUUCAUCGCCGUCAUCGUCGGCAUCGUGCUGGUGCUCGUCAUUCACCCGGGCACGGGCACUGAGAAAGAUGGCCACCAUGCAAGUACAGGCCCUGUUAUGACCUCCGCUGACGCUUUGCUGGACCUCAUCAGGUAA